UUUACAGAGAUUGAAGCUGAGAAUACUGAACUUAAAGGGGAGAAAACUGUAUUCUUGGCUAAGGAAGCGGAACUCAUGGCCAGAAUAGUAGAAUUAGAACAAUCUGCAAAAGAAAAUGCAGAGAAUUCAAAAUUAAGAGAUUCUGAACUUAAUGAGCUUAGAUCCAGAGUUUCGAAAUUGGAACAGAAGCAGUUAAAAAACAAUAUUAUACACAGAUUAAAAGAUGGCGAUAAUUCUUCUGAAAAUGUUAAU